AGAGUCUGCUGGUGAGGUGACAUCAGAGCCCUCAUUCAGGAGACACCACUUGAUGGUAUAGAAGGGCCAGUCCGUCUGCCUCCAUGGAUUCACCGCAAGCAGUCCACCUGGGUCCUCGGAAGAAGAGACCUAGGCAGAUGGGCUCCUCAGGGGGCUCCAUGCCUCACGACAUCCGAUUUCGAGACUUGGUCCUCUUCAUUUUGGAGAAGAAGAUGGGAACAACUCGGAGAGCCUUCCUCAUGGAGUUGGCCCGAAGGAAAGGGUUCAGGGUGGAAAAUGAACUAAGUGACUCUGUCACCCACAUUGUGGCAGAGAACAACUCAGCAUCCGACGUCUUGGAGUGGCUCCAGCUGCAGAACCUCAGAGCCAGCUCUGAGCUCCAACUCUUGGACAUCUCUUGGCUGAUUGACUGCAUGGGAGCCGGGAAGCCAGUGGAGAUGGCGGGGAGACACCAGCUUGUUGUGAGAAGAAACUCUUCGCUGAGUCCUGUCUCAGGCUCCCAGAGUGUUCCAGUACCCGCUGUGCAAAAGAUUUCCCAGUACGCGUGUCAGCGAAGAACCACGUUAAACAAUUACAACCAACUGUUCACGGAUGCCUUUGAUAUUCUGGCUGAAAAUGAUGAGUUUAGAGAGAAUGAAGGUUCUUGUGUGGCAUUCAUGCGAGCAGCCUCUGUCCUGAAGGCUCUGCCAUUCCCCAUCAUCAGCAUGAAAGACACAGAGGGAGUUCCUUGCCUUGGGGACAAGGUGAAGAGCAUCAUAGAGGGAAUUAUUGAAGAUGGAGAAAGUUCUGAAGUUAAAGCUGUGUUAAAUGAUGAGCGAUAUAAAUCCUUCAAACUCUUUACAUCCGUGUUUGGCGUGGGACUGAAGACAGCCGAGAAAUGGUUCAGGAUGGGUUUUAGAACUCUCAGCAAAAUAAAGUCAGAUAAAAGCCUGAAAUUUACACAUAUGCAGAAAGCAGGAUUCCUCUACUAUGAAGACCUCGUUAGCUGUGUGAACAGGGCAGAGGCAGAGGCCGUCAGCGUGCUAGUGAAGGAGGCGGUGGUGACGUUUCUUCCAGAUGCCUUGGUCACCAUGACUGGGGGGUUCCGCAGGGGUAAGAUGACUGGACAUGACGUAGACUUUUUAAUUACCAGCCCAGAAGCCACAGAGGACGAAGAGCAGCAGCUUUUGCAUAAAGUGACAGACUUUUGGAGACAGCAGGGCUUGCUUUUGUACUGCGACCUCAUAGAGUCAACCUUUGAAAAGUUCAAGCUGCCCAGCAGGAAGGUGGACGCUCUGGAUCACUUCCAGAAAUGCUUCCUGAUUCUGAAACUGCACCAUGGGAGAGUGCGCGGCGGCGAGCAUGGGAGAGUGCGCGGCGGCGAGCAGAGCAGCCAGCAGGAAGGGAAGGGCUGGAAGGCCAUCCGUGUGGAUCUGGUCAUGUGCCCCUACGAGUGCCGGGCCUUCGCCCUGCUGGGAUGGACAGGCUCUAGGCAGUUUGAGAGAGAUUUGCGGCGCUACGCCACACAUGAGCGAAAGAUGAUGCUGGAUAAUCACGCUCUGUAUGACAAGACCAAGAGGGUGUUUCUUGAAGCAGAAAGUGAAGAAGACAUCUUUGCCCAUCUGGGAUUGGACUACAUCGAACCACAGGAAAGGAAUGCGUAAGAAGGAGUGGUUGGCAUUGUUCUUUUCAAGUUAGACAGACUGUGCUCUGUGUUAGUAAAAGAUGGCUUGGGAAAGUCAGGGACUCUUUGACCUCAGAGGAUGCUGGCGGCAAGUGGAUCAUAAGUAUACUGUGCAAAGAGAGUAUUCUAAGGCAACUUUGAAGUCUUGAUAAGCCAGGAUGUGGGCGUGGCUCACAGUCUCAGUCAAUCUCUCCUACUGCAUAGAAUUAAUAGUCUGCUCUUUCGUCUGUUUUGUUUCUAAUAAAAAUGGUCUUGUCAUUGGAGCAUCAUCCAGAGAAGUGUACCAAAGCUCACCUAACUCCCGUGUGUCUGAAUCUCUGUAUAUCGCCAAUAAAAAUA